GGCGGGGCCCGCUUUGCUGCCUUCCCCCAACUGCUGUGCAAUUGCGCUCUUUGCAGAAAGAGCUAAGCGCUAAAUAGGAAGCUUGGAUGUUGGGGUUUGUUCUUUAUGGGUUACAGUCUCAUUCCUUUUAUUAUCUCCGGACCUAAAAAUCACUUUUGAUCCCCUGAGAAAGAAAUGAAUCUGGCGACUCAUUGUUUUGAAGUGACAUAAUAGGCCGAGCCUCGUAAAUAGCUGGAGAAUCAUGUACUUAAUCCUCAGUCCUGAGUGAACUUCAUCAGCAUUUCUUAGGUUUCACAAUUCUUUAACGAACAGAGGUGAAUGUUUAUGUAAUGUAGGAAAGUUUCUUGUGUGGAGCUGCGUAGUUUGUCAAGUAGUCGUAGAACUUCAUUUUUAACCAGUUUUUGGUUUUUUUCAUUCAAUUUUUGAGGUUGGUCAUAACCUCUCUUGAAAAGAAAUCAACUCUUUCGUAGUUUAUUCGGUGUCAAUUCCUCCUCCUCCUUCUUAAGGUUGAGGUUGCAUCAUUUUAAGGAUUUUAAAACUUAUGUAGACCAGGCAUGUAAAGCUGCUGAGGAAUUUGUCAAUAUUUAUUAUGAGACAAUGGACAAAAGAAGAAGGGCACUUAUCAGGCUGUAUCUGGAUGAGGCCACUUUAGUAUGGAAUGGAAAUGCUGUUACAGGGCUGGAAGCCCUAAAUAAUUUUUAUGAGAUGUUGCCUUCUAGUGAGUUCCAGGUUAAUACAUUAGAUUGCCAACCAGUUCAUGAGCAAGCUACCCAGUCCCAGACUACAGUUCUUGUGGUAACCAGUGGAACUGUGAAAUUUGAUGGAAAUAAACAACACUACUUCAACCAGAACUUCCUGCUGACUGCUCAAGCCACUUUUAACAGCACUGUGUGGAAGAUUGCAAGUGAUUGCUUCCGUUUUCAAGAUUGGGCUAAUAGUUAAAAGGGCAAAAGUCAAUUUUUUGGUCCUUUAGGUUCAGCAACAGAAGUUUAUCUGAAUUAAUUAAUUUUGUUGUAAAAGCACUAUAAAUUAGUAUGCUAAAAUUAAAAUUCUUCAAUAUUUUCUUAUUUCUGACAGCAACUUUUCUAAUAACUGCCAGUUUGGAUUAUCGCCCUUAAGAGCUUUAAUGUUAGUUUUUGACAUGCCUUAUAUACAUUCCGCUGAUGACAUUCUUAGAGUAAUAUUAAACAUAUGAUUGCAGUACUCACUGUGAAUCCAGCCUAUCGCAAAAAUCUUUUUGUAAUACUAUCUAUGGGAUGUCAGCACAACAUAACACUCUGGGAGGAAGUAGAAUUUUUUUGGUUAUUAAUUUUGUAGCAAACAGAUGCCUAUUUUCAGUUAACACUCGUAAUGCAGUUUUAAUAUAUAAGUAUAGCCUUUUCAAAUCAGUUCAGUUUAUGUUUGCCUAAGUACUCUGACAUAUUGAAAUUACAUGUUGAAAUAUUCAAUAGUCUUUUUUCAUAUUAAAUUUUCUUAUGUUAUCAUGUUUCCUUAACAAGUGAAUUAGCUGCAGAGGUGGAAAUUGUUUUUCUUUGAUGCCUGAUUCUUAAGUAUGUUGGUGGCUUAAAAGCAGAACUUAAAAACAUUUUCCUUGCCAGCUCCAGGUCUAUAUAUUUUGGGAAUGUAUGAUAGUAGAACUAAUAAUAUCUUUAAUGAGAAAUGUGAAAGUCCAAAGUUAAAGACAAAAAUAAGGGGGGGUGACUAAAUGGUAAAAUUUUGUUACUUGUUUUCUACCUUCUAAAAAUGUAGCCUAUUCUUAGGAUUUCAAUUAAUAAGUCAAUAACUAUUAUUGCUAAAUGGUCAUGAGCAUCCCUUUUGUUCUGAGAAUGUUUUUUAAGGUCUUUGAACUUCAUUAUUGUCAUCAGUAUGUAUCUCAAUUUAUUCAAGAACUUAUAGGGGUAAAAUGUCAGCAAUAAGCCUGGCCUGACAGGAUCUAACAUGGAAAGUUGGAAACAAAUCCAUUCCUCUAUCUUUGUUACACCCUUAACUUCUAAGUCUUCCAUGUGAAUUUCAGUCCCAGAGACUUCUAUGCAUUAUCCACCCCAAAAUGAGCGAUUUUCCCCCGUGUUUUGUACUGUCAACUAUACCAUUUAUUAUUUAAAAUUAAAAUUAAUUUAUGAUUUAUUCUUCCAUAUAACAUUGGGCAAAGAGAUCUGUUUUAAAACACUUUUCUGUUAUGUGACUAACUCAUUGUCUUUUUAAAGAGAAAACAGAGAACAACAGAUCAUCAUAACUUCCAAAAGACCAAAAUCAUUUUAUGUCUAUACUUCUAAAGUGAAAAACCCUAGUUCUGAUUUUUGGAUAAACCUUAUUGGUCUUUGUAAUUUUCUAAUGUCUUUAAGCUAGAUAUAGCAGCUUUGUUUAUACAUUACAACCAAAAUUAAUGUUUUCAUUAUAUUCGUUUAGUCCUGCCCAAAACUGUACACUGUAUUUCUGAUAUACUACCAAAAUAGAAUUAAAUACAGAGGGUUGGAACUGAUAUUUAAACCACACCUUCUUAUUGAACUAAUCAAAACUUACAUAUUAUAGUAUUCUACUCAAAAAUGAGGUUAUUCUUUAGAUUGAUUUGUUUUUAAAACCACAGCUUUAGCAGCAACAAAAAAUGCCCAAAUACUGACCUUUCCAUUGUAGAGAAUAGUCUCAAAUAGAAGCUGCAUGUAACUGAACAGUUGUAAAUUACUUUCUCCAAACUAUAACUUUGAAAUGCCUGGAACUGCUCUUGUAUGGACUAGACUGUAUUUUUGACAUGCUCUUAUUUUUAUAACUUGAAAAAUAAAAUUUUCCUGGGACAAGUUUCCCAAUAAUGUUUUAA